AUGGAGAUUCCUCUCAUUGAACCACUGAACCUGCUCGGAAGUCCAUCGGAAAUCGAAGAAUGGGUAGAACGUUUCGAAUUGUGGUGCAGCAUCCGGAAAGGAGGAAUGCCAAAUCAGUCGGUCCUAUUUUCGACGUUGGGCGGCCGAGAGCUGUAUUCCCUGGUGAACAAUCUAUCGUUCUCGAAUGUUCCUGCUGAAUUGCCGUUCGAGAAGUUGAAAUCCCUAUUACUUGACCACAUUCUCCCAGUGGAUUUUCAGGCCACUGAACGGGCCAAAUUCAACUCAAUGAUCAGAGCUGCCCAGGCGUCAAAAUGCAACUAUGGGGACCGAUUGGAACAACAACUUUGUGGCCGUCUCAUUGCUGGAAUCAACAACAUCUCAUUACAACGUAAGAUGUUGGAAAAGAAAGAUAUCAUAUUUGCUGAAGCUCGAAAAAUCUGUGAGCAAAGUGACCAUUUGUGUGCUGCCACAAAUGCGGAUACUCCUGUGUUAUUCCAUCGGCGAUCAACGAAACCCUUACGUGACGCACCCAAUGUUCAUAAUUCACCCCAGGUUCCUCAAGUACCCGGUUCAAGCCGAACACAACCGAAGGCUGCUACCAACCGUUGCUUUUCAUGUGGUGAAUACCAUCUUCGUUCGACUUGUCGAUUCCGUAAUGCCACUUGCCACGCAUGCGGUAAGAUAGGCCAUAUCCGCGACGUAUGCUGA